AUGAAGAACAUUGCAUUUUCCGUAUUAAACAUUUCGAGCCUAUUUAUUCUGUACUUGAGUUCGCAAAGCGGCCUGUACAAUUGCAUGAAAGCAGAGCAAAGAGCAACUACUUCGACGCGUAGUAAGACAAAUUCGGCUGUUAAUGAUAAUAUCCUUUCAACUGAAUGGAGCCAACAUGGUUAUACUUUCACGGAUCUAGUAAAAAAUGGCUAUUUAACAAAUAAAGAAGAUUUAGAUGAAGUGAAGGAUAACCUAGCUGAUGAGCUGGCAGAAAAAAUAAAGGACAAAUUAAAUGACUUCUUAAAAGACGGAAAGAUUUUUUAUGAUUUAGAAGACAUGGACGAUGAAAAUGUAAGCCACUUUAAAAAUUACUUGAGGAACAUAUGCGAAUAUAUUGUCUUGAAGACUGCCGAUAUAUUAAACGCCAACAUAGAGGAUGCCCUUAAUCCCCUUAUGUCCAAAAGUUCCUUCGCCAGUUUAAAAGAGUCCAUGGAGAAUAGCGGCCCUCUUGACUUAGAAUUUGACGAGGAUGAUGAGACAGAGGCAAAGUCCACGAAGGGAAAUUCCAAUGGUGAACUCAUCGAUGAAGAAGCCGAAGAUUUCAUUGACGAGUUGGUGGAGGGAUAUGAAGACAAGCAGCACAAAGACUUGGAAGAGUAUGUGCAAGAAAUAAAAACUCACGACGACUUAGAUUAA